GAAAGUCACAAGCCGUCCAUCACUGCGCGGUGCACAAAGCGCCAGGAGCGAACUGGUCGUUGCCUGUGAGCUUUAGCGAAAAACCCUGAUUUGCUUGGAAAGUAACACAAUUCAAGGGCCGCCUUGCAUAAAAGUGUACUUGCUCUAUGAUCUGAUGCCACAAAUGUAGCAGCACUCAGAGUGAGCUUAAUUCCCAUUGCAGACUGAUGCGACUGGGAAUGAAAAACAACUCUACCGACCGCCUGGCAUUCAUCCGAGGGACCCGCAAGCGACGUGCUGCGGCAUCAGGACGGUCGGGCUCGGGUUAAACCAGUGGCGGCGCUCCUUAUAGCAGAUAAUCGUUCCACUGGAUCUUUAUUUUUUAAUUGCUCGCUACUGUUACUCAGGACUUCAAAACUUCACUGUUGUUUUCUUCCCCACUACAUCAGUGGAGAUUGAAAAAGUUUUAUGUAGGUGACCUAAAUACAGAAGAGGGACGAAGGAGCACAAUCAAGAUUUCGGGCUUGCUGGUAACAAAACCUCGAAAGGGUCACCUCAACCACUGUGUUAACAAGUUGUCUGGUCUUUGGGACUGAAGUUCUUCCUAAAAAACAAUCAGCCCUCCAUCCAGGUCAGUGAGGUCUUUUCUUCAGGCUACAGUGGACAAAUUGCUGAUCAAAGAUGUCUACUACGUCUCCCACUCACGCUGCGUCCCAGACCAAGGUCUUCUACAGCCAGACCACCCAGACGGACGUGCACAAGCCACUUCUCGGCAGCCCAGGCUCUCAAGGCUCGAAUACCACAGCAGCCCUGCGACGUAGAAGACGUGUCCUAUCUAAAGAUGGCAGGAGCAACGUUCGUAUUAAUCACAUCAGCGGCCGCGGUGCCCUCUACUUGCGGGAUCUGUGGACAACUUUUCUAGACAUGCAGUGGCGUUACAAGUUUUUCUUCUUCUCCGCAACAUUUGUAGGCACCUGGUUCCUGUUUGGGGUUUUGUGGUACCUGGUGGCUCUGGUACAUGGAGACUUGUUGGAAUUUGAUCCACCUUCCAAUCAUACUCCUUGCGUCAUGCAGGUGCAGACCUUGACUGCGGCCUUCCUCUUUUCCCUGGAAUCUCAGACCACAAUUGGUUAUGGCUUUCGCUGUAUCACAGAGGAGUGCCCGGUUGCCAUUCUUCUUCUCAUCAUUCAGCUGGUGAUUACAAUGGUGCUAGAAAUCUUCAUUACAGGUACCUUUCUAGCAAAACUGGCCAGGCCAAAAAAGCGCGGAGAGACUGUGAAAUUCAGUCACCAUGCCGUUAUCUGCAGCUACGAGGGACGACCUUCACUUAUGAUUCGUGUGGCCAACAUGAGAAAGAGCCUGCUUAUUGGCUGCCAGGUGACAGGCAAACUGCUUCAGACCUCACUUACUAAAGAAGGCGAGACCAUAAGGUUGGACCAACGCAAUGUAUCCUUCCAGGUGGACACAGCCAGUGACAGUCCCUUCCUCAUUCUGCCACUGACUUUCUACCAUGUCAUCGACAACGAAAGCCCCUUUCGAGCCUGGGUUGACAAAGGAGGAGGUUGGACAGAUCCAGAACUCACUGACUUUGAACUCCUAGUUAUCCUCAGUGCCACCGUGGAGCCCACCAGUGCCACCUGCCAAGUGCGUACCUCCUAUCUCCCGGACGAAAUCCUUUGGGGUUAUGAGUUCCCGCCCGUCGUCUCCCUCUCUCCAUCUGGCAAAUAUGUAGCUGACUUUUCUUUUUUUGACAAAGUGGCUAAGUCUCCGAACCCACCAGUUUUCAAGAAAGCUCCACCAAACACUCCCAGUCCUACUCAUCACAGCCAUGGUGGCCAUCAUUAUGUUCCCUCCUCAUGCAGCGAGACCACCAGUUCAGAGAAGAUGAGACUGGAGCAGAGCUACAGGGAGAGAUCAACCAGCGAUGACCGGGAGAGAACCAGGGUUCGAGACAGCAGCCCACUGAGUGUCAGGAUCAGUAACGUGUAGUCUGGAACACAAGCUUCAAAGCAGACUUCAGAACUGGGAGAGGAUAGCCUGAACCUACUUGUGUGCACGCACAUGCGUCCUUACACACGAGUGCGGGGAUGCCUGCACUAGCACGCAUGCGGGUAGAAUACAAGCCCUCCUUUACCCACAACACACCUUCUAACCAGCAUCAUAGGCCCCCAGGCAAAGUAGUGCACCGGGGCCCCUGUUUUGAUAGCGGAACAUAGACAUCAGAAACCUCGUGGGCCCCUAUGCCCCUGGGGCUCCCGGUCAGUGCCAAUGCAUUAAGACAGCCCCGCUUUUAACGCCUAACCUUUCUUUACACCAAUUUUCAAAAUGUUGAUCUUAUUCUUUAGCAAAAUUGACUGUAGCUUCUUGAAAAAAAUGUUCAGAAAAGGGGGUUAAAUUGGAAAAUGAACACACGCAAUACAUACUUCGUCUGAUAGUGUCUGGAGCCCAGCCCAGCUCUCUACUGUAGUUUUUACAAUGACUGCUCUGUGCUAACUCAACGUUUAUUUCAAGUUUGCCAAAAACAGAAUAAAUAAACUACAGCUUACUUUGUAUACGUUACAUAAUGAUGACGCCCAGUCAAUUAGUGACUCUAAUUAGUACUAAUGAAGCCUGUGAAUGGAGAAAAAAAGAUUGAGAAAAGCAGAGUGAUAUGUGAGUGCAUAGGUUGGUCAUUGAAAUGAGUAGAUAGAUAGAUAGAUAGAUAGAUAGAUAGAUAGAUAGAUAGAUAGAUAGAUAGAUAGAUAGAUAGAUAGAUAGAUAGAUAGAUAGAUAGAUAGAUAGAUAGAUAGAUAGAUAGAUGUCCAGAAUAUUCCAAUACUUGAAAGAUUUAAACCCCCAGGGAAUUGAUUUAGCUCUCUUUUUUGAAAAGAGAAACUACGAGACACCCUUACUUUGAAAGGACAAUAAUAAUAAUAAUAAUAAUAAUCACAAUAAUACAUUUCCGAGGUGUCUCUAAAAGUCUGAAAACGGUGCUUUUCAUAGGAAACAAUGGCAAGAAAAUGAGGAGGAACUGCUACUUGCUUUUUGUUAGGAUCGAGUUCAUUAUUAAAAGUAGUGAUGCACAUGUCGCUGGCAGGGGGGACUUCUACAAGAUCGUCUGUAUUACUGCAGGUAAUCUUUGCAGGUUUAAUCGUAUUGUAUGAAAAAGGAACAACGUCUUAAGACGUUCGCUGUGUCCAGUAUCGUUUAGUUCCACGCAGUGCUAUGGAACAAUGCACGGUACUCUAAUAACGAACUUAAUGCCAAAGUCCUAAUUUCACACACUCAUCUUCUGGUCCCUCAUCUUAGUUUGUGUUUUCUUAUAAAGAGAAAGGACAGGAGUUAAGGAUGCAAUCAUUAGAAGAAAAAAAAGUAACACAUAGAGAGCGUCAUUUCUUGUUCGGUACAUGAAUUAGAACGUUACACAGUCUUAGACCGAGAACAGGCCAUUCAGCCCAACAAAGCUGGCCAGUUCUAUCCACGUAAUUCUUCUUAAUUAACAGUGCGACAAUGUGCGACAGUGUGGUGCUUUCGUCAGCACUUUUAUCUCAUGGAUCCUGCAUCCUGAAUAAAGAUUCCGGUCAUUGUCUGGUGGAGUCUGCCCGCCGUUUGUUACGUACAUUUCCUCCAUUUACUCUAGCUAUGUGUUUACGUUGGUAUUUAGUUAACUGCAUUCCCACACACCUUCUGACUCCCAUUUAACCAAAUUCAGGGUUGCUCCACUGGGUUCAAGGCAGGAACAAACCCUAUACAGGGCCUCAGUCCGUCGCAGGAAACACUUACUCACCAGGUCAAUACAGAAAUGCCAAUUAAUCCAUCCUGCAUGUGUUUGGGAUGGAGAACGCAGACUCGCACACACAAAGGGAGAAGGUGCAGACAAUGAGUUGAACCCAAGGUGCUUGAACUGUGAGGCAGCAUAUUAAGUUAAUUAGACAAUGUGAAGAGAGUGGCUGUGUGGGUCUUGUGACAGAGUGACGUAGGUAGGUUCAUCCUGGAUUUACUGGGAUUGACACCUGUUUCAGUAAGCACUUUUAUAAUAAAGCAAACUUCUUAAAACGUAACAAUUCAAGAGAGUUUGCUGCUAAAUCCUCCAUUUCCUAUUUUCUAAUGACAAAAUCUUAGUAAUGAAUAUAUGUGACCUUCCAGGACCAAAACUUUAAUUCAUUCACGCUUACGACAGCUGGAUGCUCAUGUUUAAUCCCUAAAGAAUUUUUUUUUUUAUUUAAGCGUUUUUGAAAUAUUAUUAUAAUAAAACACCUUGGCAACUCAUUUUUCCCUAUUCUUUAAGCACAGUGACUGCCCAUGAAUGCUGCUUGUAACGUUAUCUGUCACAUUGUUUGUAAGAUGACGACAUCUCACUGUAGUCAGACUGACAUUGAAAGGCAUGCGCUUCCCAAGGUGUAGUGCUGAUUCACUCGGCCUCCUGCAAGCAUACGGAGGGACUUGAGAGGACUAGCUGGUACAAAUGGACGACACAAUGUAUAUACUGAAGCAAAAAACCCGACUUAACAGUACUAGAUGCACUUUUCUAUUAUCUUAUAAUUAAACUUAGAUGUAUAGUUUCUUUUUAAUGAACAGAGAUUUAUUUUUUUUUAAUGAUUAGUGUUUGACUAAUAAUACAUUUGAUUUUCCAAGUACUGAAUACCUGUUACAGGCUAGUUUUAAUAUUUAUGCGACUAGUGACAUCAAAGGCAUUAAAUGUGGUCUAAAAUGAAAAAAGGCAAAAUCGCACCUGCCUGGAAAAAGUCACAGGAUAAGCUUGAUCAUAAGAGCCUCCUCUAAAAUUAAUGUAAUUGAUGCUGCUUCUCAUUAACUGGAAUAAAUACAAGCAAAAAUACUUUUUAUAUUAAAGUUUCUGUAAAUAAAGAAUACCACUAGCUGGCUUCUAUUGCUUGAAACAUUUAUAUAUUAUGCAAUUAUUUGCCAUUUACAAAUUGCUGCCUUUUCAUGCUGUUAAAAACUGCAUUUUAGUCUAACGGUUACAAUUUUGUUAUUGCUUUACAAGAUGUGUUUUAAAUACAUUUUGAAUAUACAUU